AUGUCCGGCAGUCGCACAACAACGAAUGGCCAUGCUACCGUACUGAGACCAACGCAGUAUCUGGAGGACAUUCAAGAUGGGCGACGAGUCAAUGGUACCGGCCCAGGAGUUGCGCUGAUCAUCCUUAACUCGCCACUGACCGGCUACGAAUAUGUGAAGAGACUGUAUGGUCACGCCUCUUAUGUCCUCUGUGCAGAUGGAGGUGCCAAUCGUCUGCAUGACCUCAUCCUGGCUCACUCCGGUUCUACCAAUUCUAUCGGGGGUCUACGAGACAUGCUUCCCAACCUGAUACACGGAGACCUGGACUCUUUAGAUGACAAAGUCCGGCAACGAUACAAGAGUCUUGGCGUGGAGAUCUCAGAGGAUCCGGAUCAGUACAGUACCGACUUCGGUAAAGGGGUCAAGACAGUCCUUGAGCAAUGCCCAAACAUCAGAGACAUCCUCAUCCUAGGGAGCCUAGGCGGUCGAGUAGAUCAAGGUAUCGGCCUCCUCCACGAGCUAUACCGAGAACAGAUGGUACGACAUGCCGAAGUGCGGUUCUGGCUGUUCUCGGAGUCGAGUGUUAGCGUCAUCUUGGCUGAAGGAACCACGACGUUGCAGACGCCACUCGAAUCUGGAUUGAUGAGACGGAAUAUUGGUAUUCUGCCGCUGUAUGGGCCGGCGGUCAUCAGCACGAAGGGUAUGGAGUGGGAUGUGGAUGACUGGCCUACGGAAAUGGGUGGGCAAGUGAGCACGAGUAAUCAUAUCAUGGCUGACGAAAUAACAAUCACGACGGAUAGAGCUGUGCUCUUUACUGUCGAGCGGGAUAUGGGUUGA